AUGUCAUUUACUGCUCCUUCAGAUCCUGUGAAUAGGCCGACGAAAGUAAAGGUAUCACAGCUGUGCGAGCUGUGCCAUUCAAGAAAGGCCCUCAUUAGAAGACCGAAGAACUUGUCUAAACUUUGCAAACAAUGUUUUUGUCUGGUGUUCGAGACGGAGAUCCAUAACACCAUUGUGGCAAAUAAGCUAUUCCAAAGGGGAGAACGGAUAGCUGUGGGUGCCUCCGGUGGUAAGGACUCCACGGUGCUAGCACAUAUGUUAAAGCUUUUGAAUGACCGCUACGAUUAUGGCAUCGAGAUUGUACUGUUGAGUAUUGACGAAGGGAUUGUUGGAUACAGAGAUGAUUCCUUGGCUACAGUGAAGAGAAACCAAAAGCAGUACGGGCUGCCCUUGGAGAUUUUCUCCUUUAAAGACCUCUAUGAUUGGACGAUGGACGAGAUUGUGUCUGUUGCGGGAAUAAGGAACAGCUGCACGUAUUGUGGUGUUUUCAGAAGACAGUCACUGGAUCGUGGUGCAGCAAAGCUGGGGAUAUCGCAUGUUGUCACAGGUCACAAUGCAGAUGAUAUGGCUGAGACAGUGCUAAUGAAUAUUCUACGAGGCGAUGUGGCAAGAUUAGAGAAAUCAACUGCGAUCAUCACACAAAGUAGUGGGUCACCGAUCAAGAGAUCAAAACCUUUUAAAUAUUCUUAUCAAAAGGAGAUUGUCCUGUAUGCACAUUACAUGAAACUGGACUACUUUUCCACAGAAUGUACAUAUGCGCCAGAAGCCUUUAGAGGUACUGCAAGAGAAUAUAUGAAGAACCUGGAGGCAGUAAGACCCAGUUGCAUUAUAGACAUUAUUCAAAGUGGGGAAAACUUGGUUUUAAAAGCCAAGAAAUCCAACGCGAAGAAGAGAGUUGUCAAGUUUGUUGACGGCAAUCGCUGUACUAAAUGUGGAUAUCUGUCGUCGAAUAACAUUUGCAAGGCAUGCAUGUUGCUGGAAGGUCUGGAGAAAAGCAGAGCUCAAGUAGCAAUUGAGAAUGACACUUCGAACGAUGGUGCAGCCUUAAAACUGAGGGCUCUGGAGAAACUCAGCUUCUGA